AUGUCAGUUGGGCGUGUGGACCGUCACCUGAAGCUUAGUAGAUACACUCAGAGAACGUUGACAGCCGCUUCGGUGUAUCUGUCAGCUGCGAUUGAGUAUCUAGUUGCGGAAGUUAACAGAAUCUCUGGAAAUUUAGUCAAACCAAACAAACGAAAGACGAUCACACCUCGCCAUAUCAGGCUGGGUGUAUGGAACGACGCCGAACUGAACGAACUCCUAAAAUAUGUGCAUAUAAGUCACGGAGGAGUUUUGCCCUGCAUUCACCCCUCUCUGCUCAAGAGGAAAUCGGUGUCUGGUCAAGUACAAAACCGUACGGGGGGGUUGACGCCUCGUCCAGUGCCCGACAAGGCCUCUCUGGUGGAUCUGAAGCAGGUGGCAUCUAUAGCUCCUUGGUGUAAUUGUUCAAUUUAUAUGGCUUUCCUGCUGACCACACCACCGCUGUCCACUUCUUAUCCGAAAAUUCCUUAUCUAACCCCCUCUGUGUAUUUAUUGAAACGUUUCUUUCGCCGCAUCCUUAAUUAUUGUAAACAUUACAUUUUCAGAAUUCGAUAUAUUACUAUUGCUAUUCCACCUGUUUGUGUUAUACUUUUCAGGCAACAGUGUAAAGGCCUUUUCCCAAUAAGCCUUUAA